AUGGUGUGCCACAAUGGUAUUUCUGGAUGGAUCAAGAACCGAUUUUUGAGGGAUGGAAAAGGUGCAACUGUCAAUGGACAUUGGACAAGGAAGAGACAAAUCAUGCCAGCCGUUAUUUUGACCCCCUCCCCCUCUCUCGUGUCUCCAUCUGACAAGUUCACAGCCCGAAUUCUCUGUCUCUUCCUCUUCUGGUUUCUGUUGGGGAACCUGAGUUUUUGUCACCACCUCUGGCUCAUGGAAGAUGUCCAGGAAAAUGUUGUUUCCUCCAGCAAUGGUCGUGUUAUCAAUGCCAAAGAAAUUCAAGAAGAACAGAAAGAAGAAGAGGAGGAAGAAGGAGAAAGGCUUCGUGUUAAAGGCAAGAAAUUCCGGGCCGGUUUCUCCGACUCUAUAUCCUCCCAUGACUUAAGAUCUUUGGAGAUGGAGGGGAGGGUGGAUGAUUCUUCCCCCCGAGGAGUUUUCGAGGAUGGCCAGAGCAGCGUAGAACUCGAUGUUACUUCCCCUGCCAGCACCUCAAGUUCCGAAUGCCAGUCAUACUCAAAAGCCUCUAGCAAUAGGUGGCGGGGUUUCCUCCGUUCGCUGAAGAAGGGAUCCACCGUGCGCUUCCACACGUUUCCUCUGAAGAGCGUCCCCAAGCUCACUAGGAGGAAGAGCAGGAGGAUAAGAGAAGACAUGGUGCCAGCGUUCCAUGCCAGCCUGGACACCGAGCUCGGCGAGCUGAGCUAUUUCAAACCGUCCUGGAGGAAUUUUACGCUCUUGGAGCUCCAAGAUGCUACCGACAACUUCAGUCGUGAUAAUCUAAUUGGGGAAGGAGGAUGUGCUGAAGUUUACAAGGGUGUACUGCCGGGUGGGGAGAUCGUUGCGAUCAAACGGUUGACGAGGGGAUUGCCGGAGGAGAUGACAGCAGAUUUCUUAUCUGAGCUGGGAAUCAUAGUACAUGUGGACCAUCCGAACAUCGCCAAAUUGAUCGGAUAUGGAGUCGAAGGGGGAAUGCACUUGAUUCUCCAUCUGUCUCCUCACGGGAGCCUCGCGUCUCUAUUAUACGGCUCUGGGGAGAAACUGGACUGGGGUAUCAGGUACAAGGUCGCUUUAGGAACUGCCGAAGGACUAUUGUAUCUUCAUGAGGAGUGUCAGAGGAGGAUUAUUCACAAAGAUGUGAAGGCCGCUAAUAUAUUGCUCUCCGAGGAUUUCGAGCCCCAGAUAUCUGAUUUCGGGCUUGCAAAGUGGCUGCCAGAGCAAUGGUCUCAUCACACUGUAUCGCAAAUUGAAGGCACAUUCGGAUACCUUCCUCCCGAGUACUUCAUGCACGGGAUUGUCGAUGAGAAAACAGAUGUGUAUGCAUACGGUGUACUGUUACUGGAGCUCAUCACGGGACAGAAAGCUUUGGAUAGUUCGCAGAAAAGCCUCGUCAUGUGGGCCAAGCCUCUGCUUUCUGAUAACCGCAUGAAGGAGGUCGUGGAUCCAUCUCUUGCCGGCGCCUACGACUCGGAACAGAUGGACCGUUUGAUCUUGGCAGCCUCUUUAUGUACCCAUCAGUCUUCGAUCCAUAGACCCCAAAUGAGCCAGGUCGUAAGCCUUUUGAAAGGCGAACAGCGCAGUUUGGAGCUCGCAAGAGAACAACACCAGGGGCCUUCACUGCAAAGAACGUACUCCGAGGAGCUGUACGCCGCGGAGGAGUACAACGCGACCAAGUACCUAAACGAUCUGGAUCGCUACAUGGAGAUUGUCCAGGGCUUAACUAAGGAAUGCCGAACCGAGUAGCUUGUCUUUUUGUAACCAUGACUCGUAAAGGAGAUACGUUAAUCCAAAUGUAACUCGUAUUGCUU